AAUGGGAAGUGUGAGCAGGAUGGUAAUAUUUCCUUUAUAUGUCAAUGCCAUUAGUCUCUGAAGGAGAGUGGUUAUCUGACAAGAGAAAGAAAGAUCCUGCUAAGCAAGUAAGUGAUUGUCUUUUAGACAGUAAAAGUAUAAUAUGCAAUGCUAACAUUCUAGUGAUAAUCAAAUGUUUCUUAUUCCCUCAUGUCCUGUACAAAGAGGAGGGGAUGCGGAGUGAAACAUUACCGUGGCCUUUUCUUAUUCAUUGCAUUUGGCUUGGAGGUAGGACACAAUUAUAGAUGUAUACAGUAUAAAAUAUUGUAUUUAUUUAUUAUUUAUUUAUUCAGUUUUAAACAAGAAAAUACAAAACAAUGUGAGGAGAGUUAAAAAGAGAAGUGAAAAGUGCAUGUGCAGGGGAGAUAAAAAAAAACCUUGAGGUGCUAGUAAGGCAAAUAUUAAUAGAACAAAAUGAACAAUAAAAUGGCAUCUUGAUUUGUUCAAAUCAACCCCUGUGACUAGACAAAGAAAGAUCAGGGAUUAAAUUUCUUAUACUUAUAUUCCUUGACUGUGUCCAACACCUCUUACUAACAUUUCCCCCACUGCGAUUUGAGUGAUGGGAGUUGAUGCCUCGUCAUGGACUGCUGAUGUGCCCAGCUCAGUGUCCGGCCUGCAGGGCUCGUGCAUUGUGAUUCCCUGCUCAUUCAACUACCCAGAAUCAGAGGAGAAGCCCUCUGUAUUCACUGGCAUCUGGUUCAAAGACACCAAUGAUGUUAUAUACCACCCAGACAGUUCCAAAGUAUUCACAGACUACAAGGGUCGUACAGAGCUGGUGGGAGACCUCCGGCAGAAGAACUGCUCACUCAGAAUCGACCCCCUCCAUCGCAAUGACAAAGGACCCUUUUAUUUCAGGAUUGAAAUCGAAGACCAUGACAAGUAUUCCUACAUACGUGACACAGUCUCCAUUGCAGUGAGCAGUAAGUUCCCUUGGGAAGAAUUGACAAGGAGAAUUUCAAUUUAUGUAAUACAGUAUCCAAUUAUUUACCCUAAUGAUAGCUAUAGCUUCUUCUAGAUUACAAUUAUAGUGCUGAAAGGACAGACUCAAGAACUAGUGGAUGCAUACCUCAAAAGAACUGCAAUAACUGUUCUCUUCUCUUUGCUGAUUUCAGGCUCUCCAGACCCCCCCUCUCUGUCAGUGAGGGAGGAGGUGAAGGUGGAGGAGGAGGUAUCUGCCUCCUGCUCUGUGUCUCACUCAUGCCCAUCUGAUCCCCCUCUCCUCACCUGGAGCCACUCCGGAACACCCAGUGUCCAAUCACAGCAGCUGACCAACGGCCAGUGGGAAGUGACAUCAUCCCUGACCUUUACCCCCAGUAUCACUGAUCACAACAAGUCUCUUGUCUGCACAGCAGCGUACAUGGGAGGGAAGACAGUGAAAAGGUCCAAAAUACUCAAUGUCAAAUGUAAGUGGACCACACCUGUGUGUUAAUAACACUGGAAGAUUUACACUUUGAUUUCUGUGAAAACAGAAUGCUUCUGUGCAUAUGACAAAAGUGAAACAAUACAUUAAAUUGAACUAAUUUGAAAAAGAAUCAUGAACUUUGUCCAGAGCCUGGAUUUGGCAUACUUCACUUUUUAAAUUGAAAUAGAUUUAGCAUGUGUUUGAUACACUGAAUCUGUCCUAAGAUCUGUAUUACAUUGUAAUAUCAUUCUUACUAAUGUUGAUAUUUAUAGAUGCUCCAGUGGAUGUGAAGGUUGAGGGAGUGUCCAGUGUGAAGGAGGGAGACUCUGUAGAGCUGAGAUGCUCCAGUGAUAGUAACCCUGCUGCCCACAGCUACCGCUGGCACAACAGCAGAGGGCCUCUGCCCACCACAGGACCUACCAUCACACUGGAGAAUGUGACCAGACUCACUGAAGCCCUCUUCUGCACUGCCAUCAACACAGAGGGACAAGGCCAAUCCAGCCCACUGAAACUCAAUGUAGAGUGUAAGUAGAUGCCGAUGUUCUGUCAAUAAGGAUCAUGUCUUUCUGUGUAUAUAAUAUGAAGACAAUACUCUUCAGCAUGCAGCACUACAUGUUCAGUUAAAACCAAACUGUUUAUCAUUCUCAUCCCAGACCCCCCUGAGAUCAAAGUGGGCUCUGCAUGCACAUUAGACAUCUCCAUGGUAACCUGUCUGUGCAUUGUGGAUUCGGAGCCCCCCGGCACUGUGGAGUGGUCUCUUCCAGCAGGACCCCUGCCCAGUACCAGGGUGGAGAGGCAUGGGUCAGUUACCAUGGUGACCCUACAGAGGGCACUAGGCUUCUUAGAGACCAUCCACUGCAAUGCCAGCAACACACAGGGCAAUGCCACCUUGUCCUUCACUGUGUCCACAAAUGGUAAGGGAAACAGUGGGGAAAAGUGUAUCAUAAAUGAAGUAUUAUAUACUAUAUUUACAUCAUAAAGGAUAUUAUGGAUACAUUAAUAAAUCAUAUUUAUUUGUUUUUGGACAGAUAAGAUGUUGAUGCUGUACGUUUCAAUUGGUAUUGCUGCAUUAGUGGUGGUAGUAAUACUAAUUCCCAUGUCAGCUUGCCUGUUGACCAAGAAGGGGUAAGUUGCUCUUUUUUUUUGUUGGAGGGAGUUACAUGGAUUUGUAUUUGUUUUUAGCUGUUUUGUUCUGUUUUGAUAACUUCGCAUUAUUUUUCUCAACUGUAGGAGUCGUCGUAGUGACCAGCCAGUAACCAGCAAGCAGGACAUGGAUACAGCCAAGGGUGCUUUUUUAGAUCCCUCAACAUCAAGGUAUUUUUCUACAGGCUGUUCUAUCUGUGAUCAUAAUGUAUACAUCCUGCUGAGUUGCAAAAGACCAUUAGCCUACAUUCACUCUUGUUGUGUCAUAUAAAGAGAAUGCAGCACAUAGUGACCCUAACUCUAUCCACAGGAAAGAGCAGAAAGACUCCAGCAGUGAAAUCCACACAAACUACUACACCAACGAUCACCUAUAUGGCAACAUGGAGGUAUGUACUGUAGGCCUACUGCAGACAUUUACAGUAGAUAUCUGAGAUCUGAGAAGAACUUUGCACUAAAUACAAAGGAUAUAAAAAAACUACAGAGGUGUUGUUGAUGAUGAUGAUGAUGAUACGGUAUCUCUGAUCUGGUUUCCUGUAGGCUGAAGAGGAUGGCGACCCAUACGAGUGUGUUGGUGGAGACGAUGCAGUCUAUGCCAACUCGUGAACACAAUAGGAAGCAUGUGGGAGUCUGGCUCAGAGGCCAUGGUACUCAGUCUGUCAAGGUUUAAAGUUUAACGUUAACAUUUUAACCCAAUGUAGCAGAGCUGGCGACUGCUUAUAUUUGUUAGCUUUAUGGUUCUUGUGGCUAAAGAAUAUGGUACAUUCUUAUUUGUGUUGUGGCUUUGUGUUAUGGCUUUUACAGUACUUAAAAAAAUAAAGGGCUAAUGCUUGGGUAAUUCAGGCUCUUUGGUAUCACAUACACUUAUGUCAGUCUCAUUAAGACUGCAGAACUGUGUGCAAACUUCACCUUUAAUUACAGAACACAACAUAACACAUUAACUGGCAUGACAAUCCGUCUCAUUAGUGUUAAGUUGCGUAAUUCAAAUCUGGUAUCAGAACAGAAUUUAACACUAAGUCACUGAAUAUAUUCUCUGCUUUUUUAUUAAUAUAAUUAGUCAAGCGAUUAAAUGGUAAAUGCAAUUUUCGUAUAUACGGGUUCACUGUAACACCUCGCAGGGCAAAACAGAGAACUAACUGUCCCAACCCAAAGUUAUUAUUGUAAUACUCUGACAGAGAUAGUUCCCGUUCAAAGCGGGCCUGUCAGAGUAGAGGCUGAGCGUGGUUUAA